AUGGCGAGUUCGCAUUGCGAUGAGACACCGGCGCAGGCAGAGACAGAAUGCCUGCACAAAGAGCUUGACAGGCAGGCAGACACCGUGAGCUUCAACGCUGUCAUCGAUGCUUUUGCUGCAAACGGCGAUGUGGGGAAGGCCGGUUCCAUCUUUCUGAAGCUUACGUCGGAGUGCAACUGUAGUCGAGGACAGGACUGGAAGAUACUUCGCAAGUGCCUUCGGAAGCUUGAAUUCUCAGGUAGGUGUAUCAUCACAGUUCCGAUCCUUUUCAAUUCGGAUCCUGUUUUUGAGAGUUUUCUUUUGCGGGCUGCCAUGAAAGCGCUAUCCUUGCUAGACGAGAUGUCCUGCAACGGCCGAAACACCGUUCCCACGCCAGUGUCGGGGACUCAGACCACCCAGUCCGGCGACGUGGCGCGAGCAGACGCCGUGCUCGAAGACAUGCAAAAUCGGCAAUGCUCGCCGGACCUCAUCAGCUACAACUCUGCCAUGUGCGCAUGCGCGAAGGUGGAAGAGGGCGGGCGAUGGCUUUUGGGCUUUUCAGGGGGGCGGGCGCAGGAGCUGCGGCGAGAGAUGCAGCAGGAUCUUCUGCCCGACCUGGUCUCCUUCAACACCAUCCUCAACGCCUGUGCUCGAGGAGGUGAUGUGGCGGAGGCGCUGCAGGUGCUUCCUCAGUUGGAAGGCCUUCUGCAGGAGAUGCACAUCGAAAGGGCGGCCGGUGGCGAGUUUACGACAGCCAUGGGCCAGUUUUUUUGCUUGGAAGCUCCCGAGGACACGGUCCUGGGCGUCUUGGCCUUCGCCGGGCCCGGCCUAUUCAACGCGCUGAAUGGUCUGGGCAAUGCUGGAUCUUCGGAUCCGUCAGUGGCGGCGCUGGCCAACAGCUGCCUCUACUGCACCUUUGCCGUGUUUGGCUACUUCGGGUCGGCCUUCUUCAACCUUUUCGGGCCCCGACCGCUUCUGUCGAUCGGUGGACUGACUUAUGCGGUCUAUGCGAUCUGCAUCUACUUCACGGCACAGUACAAGCUGCUGGCUGUCGUGGGCGGCAUCGUGCUUGGCGUCGGUGCCGGGCUGUUCUGGACGGCGCAAGGGUCUCUGAUGAUGGCUUAUGCGACGCCCAGCUCGAGAGGACGCUUGAUUGCCGUCUUCUGGGUCAUCUUCAACUUGGGAGGCGUCGUGGGUGGGCUGCUGCAGUUUGCGCUGAACUUUCAGACGACCGGCGGCAGCGCGAACCCCAUUUCGUACUUUACGUUCGUAUGUGUCAUGGUAUCUGGUGCUGCAUUGGCACCGGUGCUGCUCGCCGAGCCGUCAUCCGUAGUGCGCGAAGAUGGUACUCCAGUUCUCUUCGAGCAGACCGAGUCUCCUCUGGCAGAGCUGCGCGCUGCAUUCUCUGCCAUCGCAGACCCUUUUGUUCUGCGUAACUUGCUGUUCUACUUGGCUUCCAACUGGUUCUACACCUACGACUUCAACGGCUUCAAUGGGCAUCAGUUCAACGUUCGCACGCGCGGCCUGAACUCUGCGUCUUUCUGGGCAGCACAGAUGCUUGCAGCAUGGCGUUUUGGCAAGGUGCUCGAUGCCGACGGCCCAGCGAAGCUGCGAGCGAGGAAUGGCAUGAUACUCGUUUGCCUCGGACUGUUGACUUCCCUGGGAUGGGCAUUACAGGACAGCUCUAGCUUGCCUUGCGGUGGGCACAUUGGUUGGGACAAAGGUGCCCCUUGUGCUCUUGACUUCUGGCACGAUGCCCCGCACGCCCUGCGGCCCAUGUGCGUCUUUGCUUUGUUGGGUGCUGCAGAUGCGAUCUACCAGAACUAUGCGUACUGGCUGAUGUCCACGGCGGCUGGAAGCAACGUGCGCAAGACGGUCAUGUAUUCGGCCGCCUACAAGGGGGUCCAGUCUUUGGGCGCUGGGAUGGCUUGGCUCAUCGACCUAGACCCACGUAUCUCCUAUAGACAGCAGGGCGUCCUCUGUCUCGUCUUGACCCUAGGUGCCUGCCUCCCUGUGCUGGGCACUUUCCCGGGCGCCGAACGCAAGAAAGAGGACCUGACAGUCUGA